AUGAAGACUCUUUUUGCUCUAUUCGCCUUUAUGGCAGGCGUCGUCCUGGCACAUGACAUGACGGGAUCAUAUCAAGGAAUAUGGGUUUAUUGUGUCUACCUAGCAGAGUGGCAGAGUGUGGGCGAGAAUGGAAACAGACAGAUGUUUCCUAAGAAUGGCGGCGUCAUUGGGCGAGAAAUGACUUUGGACGAGAUGGUCCACGAGUUAGACACCAACGGGAAAGGCGGAAGGUACUCGGGCUCGACUUCAGGACCUAAAGGUCUAUCAGACAUUGGAAACAUGGACGUGAAGAAGGUCGCGGGCGAGCUCAAAGACAAGGGAUACCGUGGAGGCAUGGAGCUUGGAAGGCUGUUGCCUGGCAGGUACAAAAUGGGUGAGAACCACGGCGUCGCCAUACCCUUUGACUACAUCAGCGGCCAGAUUCUCACCCCGGCCCGAAAGCAGCGUCGCGUCUCAAAGAACAUCGAAAACAAGGACAGCGAGGGCAACGUCAUCAAAGACGAAAAGGGGAACCCUGUAACGGUAUCAGUAUGGGAUGAUGGCAGCCCCAUGGACAAGAUCAUGGAUAAAGCCAUCCAGGCCAUGCAGGGGGUCCUGGCCUGCCGCAUCCAGGACCUAGCUACACCGCGCCUCAGGCGACUCAGGGAUUGGAACUCCAAGAACAGCUACGGAAUCACCAUUGAGACGGUGAACGAGGAGAAUGAGUGGGGAGGAGGUUCUUACACCACUCUAGACACAUAUAAGACCAUCCAGAAGAACAUGGGAUCUACGCCAAAGAUCCUUGAGAUGGUGCGCGAGUGGCUGCAUAACGAAUACAACAACAGCCCUUCUGACGCGGGGGGCAAGACAAACAAGUCGCGUUUCGGAGCUGUGUCAUUCAUUGGAUCACUCUUGAGUGAUAUGGUGGGUCAGAGGCCUUUUUGUUGA